AUGACUGCAUCGGCCGGGGGCAGCAAUGGCGCAGACGUCAAGGUCUUCGGGGAUGGAAUUGGAGAUGAUGCAGUGCUCGAGACGUUCGGAUAUGAGCAGGAGCUCAAGAGAACUUUCGGCGUUGUCGGCAUGGUCGGAUUCAGUUUCAGCAUUGUGUCCUGCUGGACCGCCCUCUCAGGCGUUCUCAUAGUCGGUGUCGAGUCGGGCGGGCCCCCUGUCAUGAUCUGGUCCUGGGUGGGCGUCUGUGCUGUGUCUCUUGCCGUCACUUACUCCAUGGCCGAGAUGUGUUCCGCCUAUCCUGUUGCCGGAGGGCAGUACUCCUGGGUUGCCAUUCUGGCCCCAAAGAAAUGGGCCCGUGGCCUAUCGUAUGUCUGCGGCUGGUUCAUGUUGAUCGGCAUCCUAGCCAUGGGCGCCGUCAACAACUUCAUCUGCGCCAACUUCAUCCUCGGCAUGGCCAACCUCACCAACCCGACCUACACCAUCGAGCGGUGGCACACGGUCCUCGUCGCCUACCUCAUCUGCACCGCGGCCACCCUCUCCAACAUCCUCCUCCCGCACCUCCUCAACCGCAUCUCCAAAGCCGUGCUAAUCUGGAACAUCUGCGCCUUCAUCGUCUGCGUCACCACGCUCCUCGCCAUGAACGACCACAAACAACCCCCCUCCUUCGUCUUCUCCUCCUUCCAAAACAGCACCGGCUUCCCGCGCUCCUACGCCGCCAUCCUCGGCAUCCUCCAGAGCGCCUUCGGCAUGUGCUGCUACGACGCCCCCGCCCACAUGACGGAAGAAAUCCGCGACGCGCGCGUGCAGGCGCCACGGGCCAUCGUGUGGUCGGUCUGGCUGGGCGGCGUGACGGGGUUCGUGUUUCUGAUCACGCUGUGCUUCUGCAUGGGCAGCAUCGAGGAGACGGCGGCGUCGGCGACGGGCGUGCCCGUCAUCGCGAUCUUCUACAACAGCACGGGGUCGGUCGCGGGCGCGUGCGGGCUGACGGUGCUGAUCACGGUGAUACCGCUGGUGUGCGCGAACUCGCUGAUGGCGGAGGGCGGGCGGGCGGUGUACGCGUUUGCGAGGGAUAAGGGGCUGCCGUUUUCGGGGGUGGUGGGGAGGGUGCAUCCGAGGCUGUGUGUGCCCGUGUGGGCGGUUGUGGUGACGGGCGUGGUGCAGGCGGCGUUUAAUUCGAUUUAUUUUGGGACGGUGACGGGGUUUAACACGAUCAUUUCGAUCGCUACGGAGGGCUUUUACGUCUCCUACGCCCUCCCCCUCCUCGUCUGCAUCAUCGCGCGCCUCUCGCCCGGCGGCGAGCAGCACCGCAAGCUCGAGGGCCCGUACUCGCUCGGCCGCUGGGGCUUGCUUGCUAACGUUGUUGGAUUUGUGUACCUGGCUUUCGCUGUCAUCACGUUCAACUUCCCGACCGUCAAACCCGUCGACGAGGAGAACAUGAACUACACCUCCGCCGCCGUCGGCGUUGUCAUGGUUAUUGCCCUCAUCACUUGGAUCACGACGGGGCGAAAGCACUAUUCAGGGCCGGAGACGGGGGUGGUUGUGGAGGGGGUGGAGGGGGCGGCGGAGGGGGUGAGGAGGGAGAAUGUGGUGGGGGUGGGGGAGAAGGCGGGGUGA